GUGCAUUAAUCCCUCACACACCCUCAAAUCUCAACCGCGUGUUUGGCUCGCUCCAUUAUACGCCACACUGACACACACUGCCUUUCUUCUCCUUCUCACCUUCACGCUCCAAUGGCCGUUACCAAAAGCUCCUGCUUCUCGGGAACCGUGGUUCCUGAACUUUCCAGACCCAUCGGAGCUAGAGCUCCAUUCUCAGUUCGAAUCUCCGCCAAAGGCAACGACUUUCCCAUCUGCAAUGACCUCGUUCAGGGUCCUUCUUGCAUCUUUGUGGGUCCCAUCGAGACCGCCAGUAAAGAAACCCUUGAAGCCCUCUAUCGUCAAGCACGGGAUGCGUAUUACAGUGGAGAGCCUUUGAUAGUCGACGACAUGUUUGAUAGAGUGGAGUUGAAGCUACGGUGGUACGGUUCGAAAUGCGUUGUGAAAUAUCCUCGUUGCAGUCUUAGAAAACAUUCAACGUAUGCGGAUGCUGAGGAAGAUAUAUCACAGGCUUUCGCAUUAGCGAGCAUAUGGGUUCUCUUUCUCGCCGUUGGCUGUACAGCGUGUCUUGUGCCCAUGUUCUACACUGUUGGCCUUGCUUAUCAAGAUGCAUUCCCUUCAGGGCUUUCUUAUGCCAACCAAGCACCUGCCUUAGGAUUUCUAGCCACCAUAAAUGGCAUUUUGUUUAUGGUAGUUGGUUCUCUUGUUGGCUACCCAAUUGCAUCGUCUUCUGUAAAAGUUCUUCAUGGUCUUUGGAGGAAUGAUUUGGUGGCAUUAAAGGGUGCAUGUCCAAACUGUGGAGAGGAGGUAUUUGCAUUUGUGAAUUCAGAUGGUUCAUCCAACUCCCCCCAUAGAACAGAUUGUCAUGUAUGCGAAAGUUUAUUAGAAUUCCGCACCAAGUUUGAGAAAUCCGUUUCAAGUCCAGGUAGGAGGUGGGUUUACGGCCGAGUUUAUCUCGUUUCACGAAGAGGUAGAAGGCAAAGAUGGUAUUAAUAGCGUUUCCAACUAUAUGCAUCAUUGCUGAGCUAGAUGUACAGCGUGGCACGAUUCUUUUUUAUGUUCCCCUUUUUUCUUUUGGGAAGCUGAAGUGUAUAAUACUACAGAAUAAUUUUGUUCAGUCCAUGGGCAGCUUUUUGUUUUGUAUUAUUAGUUUGUUGCUAAUUCAAACAGGAAAAUAAUUAUCAUUUGUAUGCCAGGGCUGUAAUUAUACCAAAUCAAAUUGCUGACCACAAGCCUUGUAAUAUUCAUAGUUACUAAUUACCAUUGAUAAUCAUUGGUUAUUUAGCA